AACAAGUUUGUUUUCUAAAAAAAAAAAAGAAAGUAGUCAAGAGUCAGACUGUCAGAGUCAAUCUACGGAAGAAGGGCUUUCCAGCAACUCAGACCACCAUUAACGACGUAUACGAGAGAGAAUGUCGAGCGACGGUGAGGAGCUGGACGAGGAUGAGCUUCUCCAAAUGGCGCUGAAAGAGCAAUCUCAGCGAGAUCUCGUUUACCGGAGACCAUUCUCCGGCAACAACAGUAAGCCCGUCGCCAAUUACGUUCAACCACCACCUCAGCCUCACCCGAAGAAAGCCUCCGUCCCUCAGAUACCCAAGGCCGGUGGCGGGGGAGGAGGAGGAGCAAAGGCGAGACGUAUGGUGGACGACGAUGAAGAUUCCGAGGUCGAAAUGCUCAGCAUUUCCAGCGGCGAUGAUGAAUCCACUGACAGAGAUAGUCUCCGACCUGGUGCUCUGGGCUCCAGGUCUCGACCUGUGGCUGGCAGAGCUUCUGGGAAGGACGACGAUGGCGGCUGGGAUGGAGAUGAGCCCGAUCGUUGGAAGCGCGUUGACGAGACUGAGCUUACUCGCAGGGUUCGAGGUAUGCGAGAGACAAGAACAGCACCCGUAGCUCAAAAAUUCGAGAAGAAAGUAUCAGCAGUGGGGCGAAAGGGACUUACUACUUUACAAUCUUUCCCUCGUGGCAUGGAAUGUGUUGAUCCACUUGGGUUGGGUAUAAUAGACAACAAGUCACUCAGGCUGAUAACUGAGACAUCAGAAAGUUCUCCAUCUAAGCAUGAAAGAGAGCAUGUAGAUCACGUCCUUCGUGAAAAGUUGUUGUAUUUUUCUGAGAAAUUUGAUGCAAAACUGUUUCUAUCUCGGAUACAUCAAGAUACUAGUGCAGCUGACCUAGAGGGUGGUGCUGUGGCUUUAAAGAGUGAUCUUAAGGGGCGUACUCAGCAAAGGAAACAGUUGGUUAAAGACAACUUUGAUUGUUUUGUCUCAUGCAAAACCACAAUUGAUGAUAUUGAAUCAAAGCUAAGACGGAUUGAAGAAGACCCUGAAGGAUCAGGGACUUCACAUUUGUUUAGUUGUAUUGAAGGAGUGAGUUCCUUGGCUAAUCGUGCUUUUCAGCCUUUGUUUGAGAGGCAGGCUCAAGCUGAGAAAAUCAGGUCAGUUCAAGGAAUGUUGCAGAGGUUCCGGACAUUAUUCAAUCUGCCAAGUACAAUACGUGGGAGCAUUAGUAAGGGAGAAUUUGACUUAGCAGUUAGGGAAUACAAGAAGGCGAAAUCCAUUGCUCUGCCAUCUCAUGUGGGAAUACUGAAACGUGUUCUUGAAGAGGUUGAGAAAGUGAUGCAUGAAUUCAAAGGCAUGCUGUAUAAGUCUAUGGAAGAUCCACAAAUAGAUUUAACAAAUCUCGAAAACACUGUGAGGCUGUUGAUAGAGCUGGAACCUGAUUCAGAUCCUGUUUGGCACCACUUAAAUAUACAGAACCAAAGAAUUCGUGGUUUGCUAGAGAAGUGCACCUUGGAUCAUGAAAGUAGAAUGGAAAAUUUGCACAAUGAGAUACGAGAGAAAGCCCUAUCUGAUGCAAAAUGGAAGCAGAUUCAACAAGAACCAAACCAAUCUACAGAUGUCAACAAUUCAUUGGACAAUCACCUUCCAUUGGACUAUCAGCCAGUAGACUUGACAUGCGAAGAAGUUGAUAAAUUUAGAGGGAGAUAUAUCCGAAGAUUAACUGCUGUACUUAUUCAUCAUAUACCAGCCUUCUGGAAAAUAGCACUUUCUGUUUUCAGUGGAAAAUUUGCUAAGGUUUCCUUGGAAUCAAUUGCUAAUACUUCUGCAAAUAAAAUCGAGGAUAAAUUUGGGGAUGGAAAGUACUCAUCGCAUUCUCUCGAUGAAGUUGCUGGAAUGAUUCGCAGUACUAUAUCUGCUUAUGAGGCGAAAGUACAUAGCACAUUUCGUGAUCUGGAAGAGUCAAAUAUUCUCCAUUCAUUUAUGAGUGAUGCUAUAAAGGAAAUUACUAAAGCCUGCCAGGCUUUUGAAGUGAAGGAAUCAGCUCCCCUAGUUGCUGUUACUGCUCUGCAGACACUUCGAUCAGAGAUAACAAAGAUUUACAUUUUGAAGCUUUGCUCAUGGAUGCGUGCAUCAACUGAGGAAAUUUCAAAAGAAGAAAUAUGGGUUCCAGUAUCAAUUAUUGAGAGGAACAAAUCUCCUUACACAAUAUCCUUUCUGCCUCUAGCUUUCCGUUCUCUUAUGGCCUCAGUGAUGGAUCAGAUCAGUUUGAUGGUUCAGUCUCUUAGGAAUGAAGCCGCAAAAUCGGAAGAUAUGUUUUCUCAAUUUCAAGAUAUUCAGGAAUCUGUUAGACUAGCAUUUUUGAACUGUUACCUGGAUUUCGCUGGUCAUCUGGAGCGAAUUGGGAAUGAGCUUUCACAAUAUAAAACAAGGAAAGACGUUUCACAUUUUCACGAUGGACAUUCUCAUGAAUCAGAAGACAAGUCAUUGACUGAUCUCCCAGGAAGUGUACAGGAUCCACAUCAAAGACUCUUGAUAGUUUUGAGUAAUAUUGGCUAUUGCAAAGACGGACUUUUGUUUGAGCUGUACAACAAAUACAAGCACAUCUGGCUGCAGUCUAGGGAAAAGGAUGAAGAGGAAAGUGACCUACAAGAUCUAAUGAUGUCUUUUUCUAAGCUUGAAGAGAAAGUCCUCGAGCAAUAUACUUUUGCCAAGGCGAACUUGAUCAGAACUGCCGCGGCAAACUAUUUGUUGGAUUCUGGGGUUCAGUGGGGUGGUGCACCUGCAGUCAAAGGUGUCCGAGAUGCAGCUGUGGAGUUACUGCACAAUUUAGUAGCUGUUCAUGCAGAGGUUUUUUCUGGUGCCAAGCCCCUUCUGGAUAAGACACUCGGCAUUCUUUUGGAAGGUCUGAUUGAUAUCUUUCUCAGUCUUUUUCAUGAAAACAAGGACAAACAUCUUAGGUUGCUUGACAUGAACGGAUUUUGCCAGCUCAUGCUUGAGCUUGAAUAUUUCGAGAAUAUAUUGAACCCUUAUUUUACCCCUGAUGCGAGAGAGUCUUUGAAGUCUCUACAAGGUGUGAUUUUGGAGAAAGCCACUGAGAGUGCAACUGAAGCUGUGGAGAAUCCAGUGCAUCACCGACGACCUACCCGUGGAAGUGAAGAUGCACUUGCCGAUGAUAGACAGCAAGGAAUGAGUGUUUCACCAGAUGAUCUAAUUGUUCUUGCUCAGCAGUAUAGUUCCGAGUUGCUUCAGUUAGAACUUGAAAGGACCCGCAUCAACACAGCAUGCUUUGCCGAUUCAAUUCCGAUGGAGUUGUUAUCGGAAUCUGUUAAAUCUGCUUAUGCUUCCUUCAGGGGUCCAAUGGACUCACCCAGCAGAAACUUUAGAGGAAUACCUGCAACUGGAUCCCCAAGCUUUUCUCGCCAAAGACGACGAUGAUUUUCCCAUGACAGAUUUUUCUAGUGUAUUCUAAAAGUUGUGGUUUGGAUGAUUGAGUGACACCCAAGUUGUUUUUUCAUUUUUAAGUGGUAGAUUCUAUAUGAGUUGCUUUCUUCA